GAAUCGCUGUCUCUGAAUCAGCCGAAUCCAGAUCCAAAGCGAAUAUUUGCUGCUUCGCACAGGCCUAGUAAUUAUACUCUGCAUGUGUAAACUUUCUCUGUUUCAAAGGGUACAUUUUCUUGACAUCGGGUUUGAUACUGCUCCUUUGAAGUCAGUGAAAGUUUGUGUAAAACUUCUGUAGAAGCAAAAUUAGGCCCAAGUUGUCCUAUACUGCUGCAUUCUGCUACCUUUCAUUUUAGAUCUACCUGAAUUUCAGUGCUGAAUGAUAUUAAGUUCUAUAUAACUGUACUGUCUUAACAAGUAGCUCUUUGAUAUGUGUAUGUGCUGUCUCCCCUCCCCUUCCCAAUAAUAUAUUUUGGUUUCUGGGAGACUACAUGCAUGCACACAUCCAAAGAUAAAUCUGGCCUUAAUUUUACAAAAUUACAUCAUACAGAGCCUGUGUGAUAGUUAAAUAUUAAUCGUAGUAGUAAUAUUGUUGAAGUGUUACUGUAGUAGUGUUCUGGAAUUGCUAGUAAAAUUACAACUUUAAAUUGUCAAAAGAUUACACAUUUUGGCAACAUGGGUUCCCUUGUCUCUUCUCAGGAUGUAGUUACUCACACGUGGGAAAAGAAAUUCCAUAGUUUUAUUGUGGAUGCAGGUUAAAUUGGCCAUUUAGAAACCUGGAGUUCUUUUCUACCCCAUAGUAGAUAAAUUAUGAUAGGAUUUUGUUUUUGUUUUUUCUCCUGUCAUUUUUCAUAUCUUGAAAAUAACCCCUUUUAUCACUAGAGGCUUGAUCCUACCAGUAGCUUGGCACAAGCAGACCGCUUGUAGCAUCAAGCAUUUGCCAGACUAAAUAAGCAUGGGCACAGGAGAUGCUUGCAUGAAGCCCCUUGCAGGCACAGGGCCUGAAGCUGGAAAAAAAUGUUUUGCCAAUUAAUAUAGAUGCUCUUUUAUUUUCCUGUUCAGAUUAUAAAGCCACAGCUGUCCUAAAUUCAAGAAAGCAACCCCUAGACUUCACUUUCAGAGAAAAUGCUUUGUUGUUAGUGCAGUUUUUAAAAUCAAACUUAUUCUAAUUUUCAUUUAACUGUUUGUAUUCGCUUCUUAUUUUUCAGGGUUCUUUGAAAAAUCCUUAGUGGUCUUGACUAUGUUACAACUGACAUAAAUUAGCCAGUGGCUCAGAAUGAUGGAUUCCCAGAAGACUGGAAAUGGUUUGCAAGUGAUUGGACAAGGGACUGAUAUAGGGAUAUCCACACUCCACAUGGUGGGGUUUUUGGGAAAAGAUUAUAAUUUUGUGAGUACAACUUCAGAUAAGUACUGUCCAGCCUGCAAAGAGAAGGGCCAGAUACAAGGUUUACGGGCCUACCGCAUUAACUUUCAAGAGUCCAUCUUUCUAUGUGAAAAUCCACAGUGCAUCUAUCCUCUGGGCUAUAAACCUCUUGACAGCAUAAUAAUGACUUGUGAUUCAGCAAAUCAUCAAACGCCAGGUAUUCAGAGAAAAAGGAAAUGCUUUGAAACCAGUCCUAUAACUUCUCCCAUUAGAUCAUGUUCAAAACAGGCAAGAACUGUCAACUUGAAGGACACUGAACAGACUUCAGACACUGAUCUUGUCAUCAACUACAGUGGAAAUAAUUUAUAUAGGACUCUAAUUGAUGUGUCACAGGAUGAUCAGCAGAAAUCAGAUGGGACAAUUGAGACCUUGGAGCAGAAAGUGGGCUUGGAAGCAGCUAUUGCUGUCAGUGGUUCUCAAGAGAGUCAUAUUGAGGGCUCUAACUCCAGAACACAACUUCUGCCAAAUUCUGUACUCUGUCCAAUAAAAUCUGAAGUACUGUUUGAAGAUAAGUCUGCAUUGCUUGUAACACCUCUGUCUCUUCAGUGGAGGAAUGUAUAUGCUCUCUGUUGGUUAAAUUGUAUCCUGUCAGCACUGGUACACUUGGAAGUGUUAAAGACUUUGAUGACUACAGGGUGCACUGAAGAAGAAUCUGUCCUCCAGAGACUGUUGACAAAAUAUAGUAAAGCAACUGCACUCUUGAAAAACUGCCUAAGUAGUGAGCUAAAAAAUGUUCUUCCAAAAGCUGAGAUGCAUUUAAAUGAAAUCCGAAAUACAAUUUUUGCACAACUUCAACCCCAGCUGAAGUGUGAAUUAGGUAAAGAGGAAAGUCCGGUCUUUGCAUUACCUCUGCUUCUAGAAAAGGAUCCUGAAGUUAAGAAACUCUUUCUUCAUUCAUUUUCAUGGAAAUUUGAAUGUUUACUUUGUGGCUACAAACAGCAGGACAGCUGUAGGAAGAUGCUAACAACGUUUACAAAUAUAAUACCUGAGUGGCACCCACUUAAUGCUGUUCAUAUUGGUCCAUGUAAUAAAUGUCAAGAUAAAUCUCAAAGGAGAGAGAUGAUUUUGGAAAAGAUACCUUCAAUAUUUAUGCUACAUUUUGUAGAAGGCUUACCACAUAACAACCUGAAGAAUUACUCGUUUCAAUUUGAAGGAGAUUUCUAUGAAAUAACAAUUGUUGUUCAGUAUCAAAACAACCAAAAACACUUUGUGACCUGGGUUUUGAAUCCUGAUGAAUCCUGGCUUGAAUGUGAUGACUUAAAAGGUCCAUAUUGUAAUAGAUGUGAGAGAUUUGAGGUUCCUCCUUCAGAGAUUCAUAUUGUCAUCUGGGAAAGGAAAACAUCCCAAAUGCCAAAUAAGCAACAUCCACAUAAGUUGAGUCCUCAGUUCCAAAGUAAAGAAACUGAAGAGAUUUCUCCCCAUGAUGAACAAUCAGAUUCUUCAUUGUUGCAUUGUGAUGAUCAUAAUGCUGUAGACAAAAUACCAACAAUUCAUGGCAAUGAUGGCAGUGUAACUGCUCCAGCUACUACAGAACAGAAUUUAGCCAGGGCUGAAAAGAAAUUGCUUCAUGGCUUGGAACAUUUGGCAGAUGAUGAUAUUAUAACUCUGACGCUUGUAGAAAUACAAGUUGAUUCUGAAGGUAACCCCAUGGAGAAUGAACAGAUGGUGGAAAAUAACCUAGUUGCUGAAACAGGCACAAAGCAGCAGCUGGAAUCAUCUUGUUUACCCAAAGCUCCAUGUAUGGGAGACGUCACUGGAGGUAAUCAGACUCCAAACACAUGCACAUCAUCUGAAAAUGCCAGUGCUUGCUUAACUGUAGGAGAAUUGAACCCAGCAAACAUUAUACCUGCUGUACUUACAAACCAUGGUAGUUCCUCACCAGAGCCAUCACGUUUUCAGUGGGCAGCGGCUGAAGCAAAUGCAGUUAACACAGAGAAUGACAUUAGGUUAAAUUCAGCAGUAUUAAAGAACAAGGAGCCAUCAUUAAUGGAGAACGUUACACAGAUAUUGUCUAAUGUGACAAACUCCCAUAAAAUUGUAGCAGACUCUCAGGUUGCAGCUGUGUCUUCUGUGGAGAAUUCCUCUAAGACUUUAUGUAAAAAUAAUAAGAAAGCAUUUGUAGGAAGUUGGGUAAAGAAGUUACUAAGCAAGAAUGCUGCUUUUAUGCCCUCAAGUGCCUCAUCUCAUUAUAAUAAUAAGAAAAGUUCUAAACAGUCCAGUUCAUUAAAAGUUACCGAUUUGAACUUGCCUAUUAAGGGGGCAAAUAAUUUUGGUGGCUUCCAAAGCAAAGGAACAAGCAAAACAGUUGACUUGCACUUGCCUAAUAAGGGGGCUAGUAACUUCAGUGGUUUCCAGGACAAAGAUACGAGCAAAACAAUUGAGACUCCUAAAUCCGCUCUUCCUCAUGGUAGGAAGUUUCCUUCGUUAGCUGUCAACAGUCCUCCUUCAGAUGCUUGUCUUCCUGUAGCAAACUCUGUAAGUAAUGAAGGUACAACUUCAAAUAAGCUUGGAAGCUCACUGAGUAUUUUGAAUAAAAUGAUUCAACCCAACUUCAAUUCCAGGCAUGACCACAGUGGAAAUGAGAAUCGUACAUCUGUUGAGACAGUUAAAGAAUCAGAUACUGACAAAGCCUGUAGACUUCGUCUCAAACUCCUUAAAAAACUUAAUGCUAAAAAAAAGAAGCUGGCUUCACUUGAUAAGCUGGUAAAAGCUCAGAUGAACAGUGGAAACCUUCCACAUACAGAUGGAAAAGACCAUUCACAAUUUGGAUCUCAAAAUGAAAGUGAACCACUACAGAACUUUUUAAGGGAAUUGCAAUAUCAUAUUGAUGUUGCAGAUAAUGAAUCUGUAUAUAGUACAAGCUCCAAUAUGUCACUCUGCAGUAGCCAGAGUAAUACUGAUGUUUUAGCAGAAUUAUUGUCUCCUUCAACUGUUGCUUCGUUAGAGGUUUCAAAGGAUGAAGAGGAGUGUAGGUAUUUGGAAAUGGUGGAUAAUAAUAUUGCAACACCAAUGUCUAGUGAGAAAAUCAAUAGCAUGUGUGUGCCAGUGUCAAGUGAGGACCAAAAUUAUUACUGUCCUGUAAAAGAUAGUAAAUAUGAAGAUCAUAUAACCUCACUAAUGAGCAAAUCCUGCUCAAAAAAGCUUUCCUUUGGCCCCAUAAAGGAGGAUAUAUUUGAAGACCUGCUCACCACUUCAAUGCUAAACUCAAUAACUGGUGACAUAGAUUUACCUCAUUUUGAUGAAAGUCUGCUUGAACCUUGUUGAAUUAUUGUUUGGUUUCUUGAGUGUUCAGAAUUGUGUGUAUAUUUUUCAAACAAAGCACUAUUAAAUUAUAUUUUCAAAGUGGUUAAUUUGCACACUGGUUGUACUUGAACUGUUAACAUUUGAAGUAUUUGCUGCUUAAACUUCAUUAUGGCAAGCAAAUAUAAUUUUUAUCUGUGGUUUAUAUUUCUGAAGAAGGUGAGAUUUGUUUACAUUCAUUAAAAACUUUUGUGGCUCUUUUUUGAUAUUUUUUUUUUCCUUGUUGCCUUUUACAUGGUAAAUUGAUCAUUUUUUUUUGGUCCAGAAAAAUACAACCUUCAAUUUUCUUGACAAUACAAGGGAUAAGUAUAUAAUGAAAAAUCAAUCCAGUCGUGUGGGGUUUUUUUGGUUUUGUUUUGAUUUAACAAACUGUUCAGGUUUAAUUAAAUCUUCUUACAUCCCUGAGACGCUUGUGAACAGACAUGUUGGCAUGCUUUUAUAUGAAGUUGAAUUACCAUGAUGCAACAGUGCAAGGGUGUUACUAUCUGAGAAGAUUCUCUGUUCUUUUCACAAUUUGUUUUGGCCUUGUUCCUCGGGUAAAUGCCAUCUGGGUUCAGGGAAGGAGUGAUGUGAAGGCAAAGAUUUCCCCAUGUAAGGUAAUACAAAUAUAUCUUAGAGCUUAUCUUCUGAGUAAAUAAAGGUAUUUCUGAAAACCAUGUGUAAGUAAAGUGGGUAAGAUUUUGGUUCUGAAGUCAAAGAUAAUGUAAUGUGCAGCAUCAAAUUUACCUUGUUUAUUUGAAUUAAUCACUACACAUCCAACUAGUAAAAUAGGUAUUUUAUAUAUAUAUAAUAUGAGGAAUUUAGAGAACUCAGUCUCUAACUUGUGCACAUUUUCCUUUUGAGAAAACAGGAAGGGAAAAGUUGGGAAGGACAAUUGGUACCAAUGGGAAAAGAUGAAGAAAAUCAGUAAGAAGGAGGAAAGGGAAGAUAGUUUAAUCUUGGUGCACAUAGAUUUGUAUAUAGGGUUUCACUAAUGAUGCUUGUAUAAUUUGUUCCACACAGCUAUGGCUAUUCUAGUCCUGUAUUAGAUCAACUGUAUGCUGUAGGGUGGGUGGGGAAAACAUCUUAAAACAUUUUUGCAUUCUCAGCAAUGGGAUAUUUUUACAUCAGUGCCACUUCAGUGGUACUCUCAAGAACUUUUUAAUCCUGAAAUUGCAUGAUUUAUAUUUCAGGGCCCCUGAUUCAUAAUGUUUUACAGCCAUAAAUGAUCAUUCACUUCAGUCUCACUGCCUGCCUAUUUGCAGCCCAGUUAACUGCAUUUAGCUAGCCAUGUCUUCCAGAAAGACACCAGUCUUGACUUGGGACUCCCCAAGGCAUGACACUUCCAUUGUUUUUCUUCUGUAAAUUUUUUCUUAAUUUCAUUAUCGGUGGACAAUAAAAUGAGUACUGUACAUCAUAAUUUUCAAAAGCUGGUCUUGCACAGUUCUUGUACAAAUAUGACUUCUGUUGGUUUUUAUUUUUUUUAAGUAAAAAAAAUCUCUCACCAGAAAUUACCUUUGUCCAAUUCAUCCUGUGGUGGCAAUUAUUAGGGUAUGAAAGUACCCUAUACUCCUGUAACUGUUUCCAUUGUGGCAAUGAGCUUUUCUUGGUAUGAAGCACUUCCAUAUUGCUGAAUCUGGAUCCACAUUAGAUGGGUUAUACUAUAAUAUAUUCUUAAAAUCAGUGGAGAACAGUUUUUGUGUGUAGUUGGGUCCUGAAAGUGUAAGUGAAAUGAGCAAGGUUGGUUGUUGGAACUAUAUUGUCACUUUCUAUGACUUAUGCUUUUUGUUCCAUAUAAGCCUGAUUUUUCUCCCCCCCCUCCCCCUGAAAUAUCAUUCCUUAGUCUGUUUUUUUCACAUCAGAAAUAUGGAGAAGAAACUGAAAAUCCUGGUAUAUUUUAGCCUUUUCCAUGGGUAAAAGGUCGUUAUUCUCCUACUUCCUUACUGACAAGUUGGCUGGUGGGUUUUUAUUUUGGAUAGCUAAGAAUGAAUGUGAUAGUACUGCUGAAGGAGAGCUGAAAUGAAGAUGCAUUAUGCUGUGAAGUUAGUGGCCAUUCAUAUUUCAGAAGCCAGGAGUUCCAUAUUCUAGUUCUCUCAACCCUCCCCGUGUUCCUCAACAAACAAAGUAACUAUUAUCACAAGCUGUGAUCACAAAAAAAGAAGUAAAAGAAGUGGCUUUGGAUAGUUUGGACAAGUUCCAUGCAGCAUUUCAGAAAUUAGGCCUUGAACUGACUCUUAAACUACAUUUCUCUUAACAAUGGUGUAUCAGACUGGAACACCAAGAAAAAGGAACUUGUAUUAAGAAUUUUUACAAAGGACUUGAGCUUUUCUUUGAUUGUAAAGGUUCUCUGUAAUAUGCUGCACUGGAAAAGCAAAGUGGAGUGGAGUGUCAUGAACGCAUCUGUCUGCAUUCAAGUUAUUAAAAAUGAUUAUUGACUAGA